UAAGCUAUAAAGCAGUUCAGCUUAACACAGUCUCCCUGCAGCCUGCUCCGUCACAGUUACCAAACGCCUGCACCAAACCAGAGUCCACCACCAUGACAAAGGACCAGAAUGGAACCUGGGAAAUGGAGAGUAAUGAGAACUUUGAAGGCUACAUGAAGGCCCUAGAUAUUGAUUUUGCCACCCGCAAGAUCGCAGUACGUCUGACUCAGACAAAGAUCAUCACUCAAGACGGUGAUAACUUCAAGACGAAAACCAACAGCACAUUCCGAAACUAUGACCUGGAUUUUACUGUCGGGGUGGAGUUUGAUGAACACACAAAGGGCCUGGACAGCCGGCAUGUCAAGACGCUGGUCACCUGGGAAGGGAACACUCUUGUGUGUGUGCAGAAAGGAGAGAAGGAGAACCGCGGCUGGAAGCAAUGGGUGGAGGGAGACAAGUUGUACCUGGAGCUGACCUGUGGUGACCAGGUAUGCCGACAAGUGUUCAAAAAGAAGUAAUGUCCGCAGAGGACGCCUGGCACACAUGCAGAAUUCUCUGCCAGUCUUGGAAAGCAGCAUGGAGACCCUCCUGUUCCUGACAGAGCCCACUUAAGUCACCUGCCUGGGUUUAAACUGGAGCGUGUAAAGGAGCCCCC